UAAAUAUCGAAGCAAUUCACUAAAAAACAGUUUAGCUUGUAAACAUUCUAAAUACAGAAGAUAACAGCAUUUUGAUUACAGUGAUUUUAAAAGCUGCAACCCCUCAGACAUUUCAAUAGACUCGUCUAUCCCAGCACUUUCUCAAAUUCGACAGAUCUCCCACUUGCGGAAUAGACGCCUUAUAAUGCGAUAAAUACUAAUAAUUUAAAAUUGCCAGGGCGGCUACUGGAGUUGAUAACAUCAAAAGACCGCCUGGCAAACCAUAAACUGAAUCUGAAAGUGGAUUAUUGUAGAAAUCACGAUGGAAUAAUUUUUUGAAAAGGAAAUCCGCCAUAUUGAAUCGUCUAGACAGAAAUGCAAGGGAUAUAAAAUACAAUGGGGCUGGUGAUGUACGCUGUAAUCCUUAUUUUAACAUGCUGUUUUUAUUUGGGAUGCAGUGGGAUUCCUUCAUCUACAAAGUCCCCUGGGCUGAUGUGUGCCCACAAGGCUUCGAGUGAGGGUGGUGAAAGUGAGACUGGACAAUCAUCUGGGCCAGUGAGGACUUCGGGUAUAGUGCAAGCAGACAAUAAGAGUGUCAGUUGUCCCUCUCAUGACCAUACUUGCUUUACACUGUGGACAGAGAAAACAAAUGAAGUAUUCAUGCAAGGCUGUUGGAAGUCUAGCCAGAAAGCUGAUGACUGUAACAAUGACUGCUCCAGCAGCCGGCCAUCCUACUCACCCCCUAAUACUAAUGGUAGCAGCAACCAUAUAUUCUUCUGCUGCUGCAGGAGUAACUACUGCAAUAACAACUACAAUGUCAACUAUACGGCACUUAGGAUUAUCAACAGCCAAACAUCCAAACCUCUUUUGGAUCAGAACCCUGAUCAAGGAGUUAUUACACACCCUGGAUAUGAUGUAAACUUGCCUGCCUAUAUCCUUGUACCAAUAGUCGUUGUUGCUGUAUUUCUGGUCAUUUCCUACUUUCUCUACCGGCGCCAUCUACCCCCUGAUCCCUUCACUGAGGUGAACGAAGCCUUAGACCUGGCAGAGGGCCAGUGUAUCACUGACUUUGGGUUAGAUGAUCUCAAGAUAUCAAAUGUAUUGGACAGAGGGCGCUAUGGAGAGGUUUGGAAGGGCUCGCUCAAUGACCGUGAGGUUGCAGUGAAAAAAUUUGGCCAGCAUAAUUUUGAAUCAUUCUCAAAUGAGAGGGACAUUUACAUGUUGCCAUUGGUUGAACAUGCUUCUAUAUUGAAAUAUUUUGGAAGUGAUGAGCGAAUUGAAGAAAAUGGAAGUUCAUCAUUCUUGAUGGCUCUCGAGUAUUGCCCCAAUGGGGCCCUUAUGGCAUUCCUUAAGAACAAUAGCCUUGACUGGGCUACAAUGUGCAAAAUGUGCCAAAGCAUAGCCAGUGGGGUGGGCCACUUGCAUAAUGAACUCACGAAGGGGGAUAAGGUUAAGCCCGCUAUAGCUCAUAGAGAUAUAAACACUCGCAAUAUACUAGUCAAGGCCGAUCUAUCAUGUGCUAUAUGUGACUUUGGAUUUGCUAUGAAGAUACAGGGAAGCAGGUUUUACCCAACAGGAUCUGAUGAAAAUGACACACCAUCACUUGAAGAUGUGGGAACGCUGCGUUACAUGGCCCCUGAGGUACUGGAAGGUGCAGUUAAUCUGCGUGAUUGUGAGGCCUCAUUGAAACAAAUAGACGUCUACUCUCUUGGUCUCGUAAUCUGGGAAGUGGCGUCAAGAACAACUGAUCUCUAUCAAGGCCUUCCAAUGCCUGAGUACCAGCUGCCCUACCAAGCUGAGGUUGGCCUCAACCCUACCUUUGAUGAGAUGCAACUGAAGGUCUCGUUGGAGAAAAGACGUCCAGCUUUCCCGAGGAUGUGGACUGAUAACAAUCAGGCUGUGCGAGCAUUGAAGGAGACAAUUGAGGAUUGUUGGGACCAGGAUGCAGAGGCGAGACUUACAUCACUUUGUGUGGAGGAAAGGGUCCUAGAGAUCAUGCAGCUGUGGGAGGCGAGGCAAAAAGGUGUAACUCCAACUAUAUAUUCUGGUACAACAUCAUUCGGGGAUGGAUCAAUGAUGCAACGUAACCCCACAUCACCUGAGGUGGGCUCCACCGAUACUAAUGGAAACCCCCCUGAUACAACUGGAGACCAUACCAUAGGGGGCUUGAUUGUGCGCCAUUGUCGACCCCAGAGUGUUUCCGAGUCCACCAUUGAGACUUAUCUGACCUCACCUAGUGAGGACCCCAAUGUAGACCCUCCUCCCCCACCUGCCCCACUCAAGGCCACUAAUGAAAACUUUGCCAAGCAGAAUAUGGUGCUACAGCCUCACCAGGGAAGGAACCCUGUGGCUGCAAGGAACACAAUGCAACGUAGUGAGGAGGAGGUGGUUAUAGGCAAUGAAUUGCAGAACAAAGGACAUACUUUCCCAAUUAGCCCUGGUUUGGAUGUGUUCACUGAUGGUGGACUGGAGAAUUCCCUUGUGCAGAAUGAUGUACUUAGUCACACCAGCCACAGACCCCAUAACAGCAAUCCUAUAGAUUAUGUCCAGAACAGUACCGUUGUUAAUCCUCCAGCUACUGUCAGGCCUAAGCAGCAUAAUGUCCCUGGCAAUGGACAUUCUAAUAUUUAUGGGCCGAAUCUAAUGUCCAGUUAUGACAUGGGAAACACAAAUCCUAAGACUAGACUGCAAAAAAUGAAAAAAGCGCUUGAAAAGCCAAAAUUGAAUAUAUUUAAUCGUAACCCAAUAUCUAAGAGCCAACAUAAUGUGGUACAACAUCCUAGCGAGUCAGAGCCCCUUGACCCAAGUGGAUCUAAUGAGGCCUCAGGCUACACACGUGGCAAGUCAAAUCUUGACCCUCGCCCCCUCCCUACUGAAGUGAAUAUAUACAAUGGAGUGACACUUGUACGGCAAGACUUGGAAGCUUCUGGUGCAACAUCUGCCCCUUCUCGUUAUAACACAGACAGAGUGGAUAACACUAGAAGCUACCUGUCUAGGGGUCCAUAUAAUGGGUCCUUGAAUGGUGCAGCCCAAUAUAAUGGGUCAAAUGGUUCCUUGAAUGGAGCUACCCCAUUAAAUGGGGCAAGAAAUGAAGCAAGUGGAUCAACAAAUGCAAGAUUAGGGAUGGCGGAAGUUGGCAUAGCUAAACUAGAGCCUCGCAUUAAUGGUGCCUCACCAUUACUAAUGAGUCGCACCAAGUCACAGAGUAGUGGGGACAUGAGUCCCAGUUGCAGCUCCCUUAGUAGCCUGUCCAGUGAUGACAGUCCCCGUAGACCAUCAUCCCUUCGUUUAAAGGGACAUAAUUACCGGAUGGAUAAAAAGAAAAGACGUGAAGAAAGACAAGCUAGGGAGUUACGUGAUGCUACUAAUAACAACCCUAGCGCUAGUGAAACGUCACUGCAGCAAACAACAACAAUAGCCACGACUACAAGCAACAAACAUGCUGAGAACAAUAACCCUUCAUCACCAAGGAGCUUAGAGGAACUAUCUUCAGACACUAGUAUAUCUUCUACAGAACGUAUACAGAAGCGAAUCAAAACUCCAUUUAAUUUGAAAACUACAAGAUUUUCUCUGUAUGAUGAUCGUAUGAUGAGCACUGAGACUGGUAGCCAUGGUGAUUCUAGCACAGCAAAUAAAGGAAGCACUGGUGACCGCAUGAGUCAGUCAACAAUAUCCUUACAACAGUUCAGUGGAAGUGGGGAUGUUGAUGUAGAGGCAUUGAGACAAGCUGAUUUUGUCUGUUAGGACUUCAUUCCCAUUUACUUUUUCAUUGGCAUAAAUACUACCUAUGACUAAAAUCAUGCAUUUUGUUUUUAAUCGAGUUCCUUCUGGUUAGUACAAUUUCACAAUUUACAUUGAAUCCCUUAUCUAAAUUCUACUCUUGCUGUAGAAAUUGAACCAUGGUUUUUAGUUAUAGGCAUAUAUGUAAGUAGAUGCUUGCAUUGUUAGAUGCUAGAAUGAAACUAAGCUUCAUAUGACAUCACCUCCUUGGCAUCAAAGCUGGUUGCUUAAAUGCCAUUUUGAUGGAUUUAUGCCAAUUCCCAGUUUCAUUUGCCCCAUAUAUUUCUGCAGUCUAAACUAUGUGUCAUCAAAUCAGAUAAACAAACACAGCCCCAGUUAUGGCCUUGUUUUGUGACACCCUUGCAAUUCUAUUUUGCAAUAGAUUGUAGAUGUAUUUGCAUAGUCUCCUCUACAGUCUCAAGAAGGAGCUCAGUUUACAUGGUGAUAUUUUCUUGGGUCUGUACACUGGACUAGGACAUGCCAUAAAAUGAAUGAAUUGUGAAAUCAGGAAAUUAAUUGACAUGAUCAGAACGUGAUAUUUGAUUUGCUCUAGGUUUAAUGAUAUUAAUAUGUACUUUGAAUUCUAUUUAGAUUUCAAAAUGUCAAUAAAAUGGAAUGAAUUUAUUUAAAAUAGUAUAACUUAAUAUAUAAAUAAUUUGAAAAAUCAUGUUCAAGCUAACUGCUUCAACUGAUGCAAAUCUAGUUUAGUCCUAAGCAAUACUCUAUUUAAUGCUGUAGUGAAUUUUGUACCAGUUGGUUAAGUUCUUGUAUUGUAUAUGCCAUAGAACACAUCGGCCUAUUAGGAAUUAGUACAUUUUACAUUUAAUAUAAACUUGUAACAAGUCAUUUGCUGGUACCCAGUAAAGGUAUCCCAUGUGAAUAGAGGCUAUCCAGCAAUUAAUGGCACAUGUUCUCUUAAUACCUGCAACAAAGACUACCUAUUUUCUAUCAAGUUCUAGAACCCCAGUGACCAGGUGCAAUAAGAAUUUUUUUGAAAUCUGUUUCUUUUUCAUGUCCGAUACCUUUUGAUAGUUUCAAUAAAGCCUUUUGUAGGAAUAUGAAUUUUGCUGUUUCAAAGAUAUUAUAUUUUUAACCUCUAUGAUUUCUAAACUCUGUGUACAUAGAAAUAGUUGUUACCUGUGUUGGAGAGUGACAUCAUAGUUGGCUGAAUGUGAUUUGUGGGAUCAGUGCCAAGAAUUAUUUGGACUCUCUGUUCACAUUGAUGGACCCCAUGCCAAUUGUUCAUCAUAUUAACACACCUUGUAUUUGAAUUGUAAAAGUACAUGUACCGUAUAUGUAUUUGAAUAUAGUUGAUGACGUACAAAAUGUUUGAAUUAAUAAUGCAUGUAGAUAGCUUAGUGCUUCUUUGAUGCACAUGUUGUAUCAAUGAUAUUCUAUGUUUGUGAAUGAAUCCUAAACAUUUAAUAUGUAAUAUAUACAUGUUCAAUGUAUUAAGACUACAAUAGAUGCAUUUCUGACGUGUGUGAUUAUGUUGAAAGACAUUACUACAAUAUUCUGUACUAUUCCAAGGGCAAAUCACCAACUGAAGGACAGCACACAGAAUAGGAAGCAUCUAAACUCCAGAGUUGCACUUGUCAGAGUAGUAUAUUGGUUUAGAUUUACCAUGUCUUAUUAAAUGGUAUCAUAUAUUUGAAAGAAAUUAAAAGCAUUUGGAAUUCAAAAACAUCCAUUAUAUUCUUCACAUCAAUUUGAUAAUCCUUAUUAAGGAAAUAGGGAUGUACAUUAUUGUAAAAUUUAAGAGUCCGGUUCCUUAUUUUCAAGUGACAUGUAAGUAGUUUAAAAUACAAGUGAAACGCAAUGUUUUGCAGAAAUACAAAUGUUCAACUGUAUGUUUGAAAAUAUUUAUGUUCAAUUUGUUUUGAGUACAGGGUAAGCCAAAAAGGUAACUCAUACAAAUCUCAACUCAGUCAUUCAGUAUGGGUUUGAAGUCAUAUUU